AAGUCCCCACCCAGCCUAUUAAAACAAACCCCUUCUGGACUCCCUGGGCAACCCCGCGUGAUCCUAGAUCUCGUGAGAUUUCGCCCUGAGGAAAGCGAGACCAGGAUUGGUCAGGUAAGGCUGUUUCCGGGGGGCGAGCGCAGGGCGGCUUACUGAGGCAGCAGCUUUCCUUUCGCGCCAGGCUCCGUGCAGGGGAGGCCACGUGGCGGGUGCGCGGUCUGGAGAAAAGGUAAGUUCAAAGCCUGGAUCCUCCUCCUUCUUGCAGGGUGACCUUGGACUAAUCGCUGGUAAACCGCCCUCCCCCCAAGUCCCACUUCUAUUUUCCGUCUGAAAAGUGAGUUCUCACAGCAGAGGGUCGGAGUGAAAACCGAGUAAUGUGCUCCGGCCCCGGGUAGCCUAGGCUGGCUGCUCCGGAAGAGUGGCCGCGCUUAUGAGUUUCAGACGUAAUAAUGCAUCGAACUCGAGCGCCCGUGUUUAUCGUUUGAUCUCGCUAGUUGGAUGGGUGUGCACUUGAAAUGGGGUGGCUGCUCUAGGAAUCUGGCCCCUCAGGAGGUGCCGGGGUAUGGGGGGAGGCAGGAGGAGGGGUGGAACGUGCACCGUGCCCUCAAGGGAACGGUCUCUUUGGACGGCGUACAAGGUCUGUCACUCCAGUUGGCCUCUGGUUCAACCCAUGGGGAAUUGUUGGUCAGGUUUGGAGAUGAGAAGAGAUUCCCGCUGAACGGGCAGGAUCAGGUCUCCGGUUUUCCAUUUUCUCAGCAUUGUUUGCAGAGAUUUUCAUAGGAGCCCGUGGCUUGCUAAAUACACGUGUUAACACACAGUCUCUUUGUUUCUGGAGCAUUUUGGAUCUUGCUCUCAGACUUGGGUAGACGCAGGUGACUGAGAGGAUAGGAGACCAGGGAAACCAAGUAUUGGAGGACCUGAGGCCAAUCUGAGCUGGACCGGAGUGGACGGAAGACACCUUCAGCUUCAAGAUCACAUUACCCAUCUCCCAGAGAAGUGUGAAGGGAGAGUAUGGAUGUGACAAAAGAAUGAAGAUGUCUCAGAGGAAGUGAUUCUGGCAGAAGUCUUCACACUAAAGGAACUCUCUCAAAAAUAUGUCAGGACAUUGAAAACAUGAAGGAUAAAAUGUUGGAAGUCUAUCCGAACUUAGAAAGCGGCAUGACAGUUUGCCAGGGCAUAGGAAAGAUGCUCACUCUAUACCACAAGUUACGUGGGAAGAACCCUGUCUUGACUCGAACAUUUGAGUUAUUCUGAUGUGGCCAAAACUCCCCCAAGUAUACCUCCAGGAUUCUUUUCAGAGCAGAUUCAUCAGGAUGAGCAUGCCGGCCCCGCCCAGACUCCUGGACCUGGCAGGUCAGAGCCUCCUGAGGGACCAGGCCUCGGCCAUCGCCGCUCUGGAGUUGCUGCCAAUGGAGCUCUUCCCACCGCUGUUCACAGCAGCCUUUGCUGGGAGGCACAGCGAGACCCUGAAGGCGAUGGUGCAGGCCUGGCCUUUCCCCUGCCUCCCUCUGGGGGCCCUGAUGAAGGAGCAGCAGCCUCACCAUGAGACCUUCCAAGCUGCGCUCGAUGGACUUGAUGUCCUGCUUUCCCAGGAGGUUCGCCCCAGGAGGUGGAAACUGCAGGUGCUAGAUUUACGGAAGAAUGCUCAUCAGGACUUCUGGACUGUGUGGUCUGGGACCAGGGCCAGUAUGUACUCCCUGUUGGAGCCAGAGGUGGCCCAGCCCAUGAGGAAGAAGCGAAAAGUGGAUGGUUGCAGGCCACGGCCCAAGCCACCCUUGGCUCCUGUGGAGGUGCUGAUAGAUCUCUGCCUCAAAGAAAGUACCCCUGAUGAGUCCCUCGCCUACCUCAUCCAGAAAGUCAAGCAGAGGAAGGGUCUGCUGCACCUGUGCUGUAAGAAGCUGAAGAUUUUCGCGAUGCCCAUGCAGAACAUCAAGAUGAUCUUGAAAAUCGUGCAGCUGGACUCCAUCCAGGAUUUGGAAGUGAAUUGCACCUGGAAACUGUCUACCCUGGGGAAGUUUGCCCCUCACCUGGGCCAGAUGGCCAAUCUGCGCAGGCUCCUCCUCUCGCACAUCCACAUGUCUUCCCACAGCACCCCGGCGAAGGAGGAGCAGUGCGUCAGCCAGUUCACCGCUCAGUUCCUCAGGCUGCACCACCUUGAGGAGCUCUAUUUGGACUCCAUCUCCUUCCUCCAAGACCGCCUGGACCGGGUGCUCAGGUGCCUGAAGACCCCCUUGGAGACCCUGUCAAUAACUAAUUGCCUGCUUUCAGAAUCCGACUUGACAUAUCUGUCCCAGCACCUGAACGUCAGUCAGCUGAAGGACCUGGGUCUCAGCGGGGUCAGCCUGACCAAUAUGAGUCCUGGGCCUCUCCAAGUUCUGAUAGAGAGAGCCUCCGCCACCCUCCAGGACCUGGACUUAGAUGAGUGUGGGAUCAUGGACUCCCAGUUCACGGUCAUCCUGCCUGCCCUGGGCCGCUGCUCCCAGCUUACAACCUUCAGCUUCUGUGGAAACCCCAUCUCCAUGGCUGUCCUGGAGAACCUACUGCGCCACACCAUCGGGCUGAGCAACCUGAGUCACGUGCUGUAUCCGGCCCCCCUGGAGAGUUACGAGGACGUCCGUGGCACCCUCCACCUGGGCAGACUGGCCCAGCUGCAUGACAGGCUGAAGCAGAUGCUGCAGGAGUUGGGGCGGCCAGGCAUGGUCUGGUUCAGUGCCAACCCCUGCCCUCACUGUGGCGACAGGACCUUCUAUGACCCGGAGCCCAUUCUGUGCCCCUGUUACAUGCCUGCCUAGCUGGAUACACAUAUCACAGGCUUUAUUCUGGGCACUUGGACACUGAAGCCCAGGCAGAAGUGUCUUAAAGGAGCACAGAAGCCACAGUUUGAGAAAAUCAUCCUGAUGCGAGCAAGAGAAGGAAAGUGAUUCAGGGAGGGGGAGAUGUUGACUUGGGACUUAAUAGGAUCUUUGGGGAGAUGCAUCUGAUAGUGUUAGAAAUAUGAAUCUGAAUUUCUAGAGGGAGAUUCGGGUUUGGGCGGUGGAUGUGGGAGUUACCCCUGCAUGGAUGGUUGUAAAGACAUGGUCAGAAAUAAAGAGAA